CUCCCCUACGGAAGUCCGUUAAUUCGGCAAACUAUUCACACCCCACAAUGCCCCGCAUAUCCUAAACACAUUGAUGUCCGCCGCUGGUGUAAUCAAGCACACUUUGGUGGAUAAUUGCCACCUUUUGGCAAAUCAGAAGGAUCAAAUGAAGUGGUUAAUCGACCAAAGUAACUUCAAUCACUUUGGUCCUGAAAGUGCCACAGGGUACUUUAGAGUUAUCUUGGAUGUCAAAGAGGCUGGAAGAAUCAAAUGAGCCAGUAUGUUUGGACCGUCAUAAAGAUUGCUUAUGGCUGCUAUUGAAAUGACAGAUGAAAAGUUUUUUUGUUUGUUAGUUUUGCAUUUUUAUUAAGAAAAUGCUUACGAUUUUACCAACUGAAAGGUGAUUUAUUUUUAUAAUCUCAACAAGCUCUAUAAAAGUAUAGAAAAUUUAAAGGUGCAAAAAAUGUGAUACUUUAUUUGCAAAGAGGACGAAUAAUACCAGCCAAAACUUAAUAAAAAAAAAGUUGUUCAGUUUGUGUAUUUAAAAGACAAAUAGAUCAGAUAUCCAGUAGUGAUUUUGUUGUAGACUCUAAAAUCUGAUAAUUUCGUGUGGAGUCUAGGGGUGUUGCUGAAUGUCCCCUGCGCGCCGCUGAUGGGUAUUCAGACAGACUCUGCGGGUCAUUAUCUUUCCACAAACACCGCGAAAUGUAGUCCUGUGCAAAGGAUGGCUAUUUCCGUACAGUGGGGCUCUGUUUGAAAUUCCUCCCCCUCCGCCUUUGUUGUGCACAGCGAGGGGCGGGAAGACAAACAGGUCUACAUGUAUAAAGAGAUCACCCCAGGACUUUUUUGAGUCAGGAGGCAUCCGAGCAUCGUGCCGAAACUGUCUGGGAAACUUUGGGAUACCCACGCCGUUUGGACUUUGUCACUUUUUACUACUCAGCAUAACAUAAGGGAUAUCUUUUUUUUUUUUCGUUCUUUCUCUAUGUUUGUUAAAGAAUUGAAGAGAAGUAUCAUGCAGAUGCCCCUUGCGCACCAUAUUUUGGCUGUGCAGCUCUUUCUGUUUGGAUACUGCGGAGACGUUUACGCGGGAGCAGUCCUGAUGAAUUCCAACGCGAUUAAAACCUUACCCGUGGCGGGGAAAGGUGCAGACACCGUCAGUCCAAGUCCGCGCACCUCACCGCCUGGUGGCAUGGGACACAAAUUACCCUCUGACACCUUGCAGCAGUCAGGUGCUUGCACAGAUGACGAAGACUGCGGAGGUGAUGAGUUCUGCAACGACGCCCGGGGUGUUUGUCUGCCGUGCCGUAAGUGCCGGAAGCGCUGUGUGAGGGACUCCAUGUGUUGCGCAGGAAACCGCUGCAUCAAUGGUGUUUGUCAGGUGAAUGACAUUCACAGCUCAGACUUAUCUGUCACCGCUGGCUGGAAUAAACACAACAACACCAUGGAGCAUCAAGGAAAGAGGACACCCACAGCCUCUGGCUUCCAACCGAACUCUGUCAAAGGCCAGGAGGGUGAUGCAUGUCUGAGAUCCACAGACUGCUCCGAGGGUCUGUGCUGCGCCAGGCACUUCUGGUCCCGCAUCUGCAAGCCUGUGCUGACAGAGGGCCAGGUGUGCACACGCCACCGCAGGAAAGGCAAUCAUGGCUUGGAGCUGUUCCAGCGCUGCGACUGCGGCGAGGGCCUGGUGUGCCGGGCAGAGAAAGGAGAGCGAGACCACGGAGUCAGCCGAGACCACGGUGUCAGCAGGACUGCAGCCCGGAACUUACACACCUGUCAGAGACGCUGACACAACCACACAGGCGCAUAGACCCAGAGGGGCAUAAAGAACUCACACACAAAGACACACAUCGAUAAAUCAGUGCAGACUCUGCAGACACUGACAAAUUCUCCACUUACAAUCUUGUGUUUACCAAAAGAUGCUGACACACACUAUUAUGCACACGCGCACGCAAGACACCCUCCACCUGAGACAUUAUUUCCUGCUAAAUUUGCUGAUACCAACACAUCACCCGGAAGGAUGGACAUGAAUCCUGGAAAAACGAGACACCCGCAGGGACACAGCAUUGUGAGACCAGCGUCUCCGAUUCCUCGUCAACAGGUGAAGAAUCUGAAAUCAGGAAGUGACAUUCCAGAAGGAAUUGGGGAAUCGAUUUGUAUCGUCAGUGGCAGAGCUGCUUUUGUUUCUCUUUUACGAAACUUUGAGCCACUGUUAUUGCAGUAAAUUACUGUAGUGUAAAUAAUAUCCUGUAGGUGGCACUUAUUUGUCCCAUUGAAUUUUAAGUCAACACCAGUAUUAUAAAAGACAUGGUGCUGCAUGUUUUGUAAAUAUGUGAUAUAUAAAUAUAUUAAAAUAUAUUGUUUUAUAUGAAACCAUGUAAAGAA